AUUUUGUUUCUUGAUAGACUUCACUAAUGGAGACCAAGCACCUCCGCAAGCUUCUCCAGCUCUACCAAGCUUGUAGUGGCGAACAAGAGCUCAUAACAAACGUCCAAAACGCCACAUCAUUACCACCGCCACCGCCAGAACCACCUUCGGCAUUAGACUCCUCCAUGGCUCUAACCAUCUUUGUCCUCUUGGUUGCUCUCUUCUUCAUGGGUUUCUUCUCCGUUUACAUUAGCCACUUCGUAAAUGAUUCAACGGUUGAGAUUUCUUCCAUACCAAGAACAAGAUCCUCUAGGAUGUCUCCACGUCGCCUUUCCACCUCCGUCGUUGUCUCACGGCCGUAUAGUUACCGGAGGGGACUUGAUUCUCAGACCGUUCGAUCUCUGCCAGUGUACCAUUACACGAAAGCCACGAAGCAGCGGAACGAAGAUUGCGUUAUCUGCUUGAGUGACUUCGAAGAAGGUGAAACAGUUAAAGUGAUACCACACUGUGGUCACGUGUUCCAUGUGGAUUGCGUUGACACGUGGCUGAGCUCAUACGUAACAUGUCCCUUGUGCCGGAGCAACCAGCUGUUCUCGGAUAAGGACUUGGGCAUGCAAGAACCGCCUGAUCAGGGCUCGCCAGAAGAACAUGACACGUGUGAUGGUGUGGACCCUUUUGUCAGAAGGUGUAGUAGCUGUUCGAGUUUGGGGCAGAGGACUGGAUUGGAACGGUCGUUGAGUCUCUGACACGUUUUUUUUUUUUUUUCUUACUCUUGAUUUUGUGUUUGUAUUGUAAUAAGGAAAGGGUAUGAAA